UCUCCUCUCCCCCCCUAUUCUGCAGAAUGGUAGCGCCCGAGACGGCUUUCUUUGGCGGCUCGUUCGAAGUGGUGCAGGAGGAAGAUAAGUGCCUGAAAAAAUGAAUAGCAAUGAAUUUCAGGCCUGCGAAGAUGAAAUUAAAUCUUUGGAAGAAGAAAUUAAAAUGCUAACAGAAGAAUAUGAACAUAGUCAACACCAGUCAGUGACAUAUACUGAAGCAGAAAUAAUGGAGAUCAUGAAAUUACUUAGAAGAAAACCUGAAGAAGAACUGAAGCAAUCCAAAUCUUCUCCAGAUCAGGAAACUCAACUCCAUUUGUUAGAAGCUGAUCUCUCGUUUAUAAUGAAAUUUACAGGCAUUUUCUUUACACAUUAUUCACGUAAACUUGUGGAAAAAAAUGGAUCUAAAACUAUUCAAACUUAUAAGAUGUCAGGAAAGUGUCAGUCAAUCUCAUUUCAGUUGGAGUUUAAACUCACGGAAGAAAGUCAGAUGAACAGAAAUGCUUCCGCUAUAGUAACUGACCUUAAUAUUAUAACAUUAUGUGACACACACUGUGAUUUAAGCAAGCUUGUUUCAAGGGUUGAAGAAAAUGGGAAUCUCUGCCUGUUCUUCAGAAGUCUGACUUGUUUCUCUGAAUGGUGCAAACAUCGGGAGCGUGCUUUCACUCAUUUUAAGAAUAAGUAUCCAGAUGUUGUAGCACUUCCUGAAGGAUCACAUGGAGAUUACAUGCUCUUAAGAAGCACUCAGCUUCCCGAAUUUGAGUUAAUGAUUGUUUGGAAGAUACAGGUAGAUGAAAAAGGAAAUAUUAUACCAGUUUUGGAUCUUUUGAACAAAAUACCACUACAAGGCACUCUAGCCAACAAAUUUGCAUCAGAUGCACCACAAGGUUUCAGAAGUCUCUUGCAUAUGGUUGGGAUACAGGCUUGCAUUGAAACUGUGAUCAUUUCAAUUUCCAAAGGCAAAUGAGUACCAGGAAAACCAGUUAUGCAUCUAUCAUUUUAUUGAAUAUAAACAUUAAGUUAUCUUCUAUUUAGAAACCAUAUCCAUAAAACAUGCUAUCUGUACAAUUAUGGCACAUAUAUAUAAAUUGUCAUGACAAAUAAAUACAGCUUUUUAAAUACAAAAUGUCAAAUCAGAUACAAGUAGAAUGCAUUUCAUUAAAAAAUUAACUUUCUGAAUCAAAGUGGUUUUCCCCUUCUACAUCAGUUCCUAAAAUCUCCUCAGAUCAGCCUGAUAAAUUCAAGUCUAAAAAAAGUGGCAGUUUUAGUUCACAGCUGUAUGUAUAUAUGUAACAGUGAUUCUAGAAUACAGAACAGUUUGAUAAUAAUUAAAAUUAAGCUACGGGAGCAUCAUACAGUAGCAUACCUACUACUUCCAUAAACAGUGAUUGAAGGCAAAUCAGGUUUAUCAUGCUCAUAAAAUAGAAAUGAGACAUUUUAAUUUACAAGGCAUAAGCUGAAAUUUAUUAACCACAUGCUCUAUAAAGAAUGGGUACAAAAAAGAGCAAAAAUGAUGGCACCAAUCUGCAUAUAACUUGCCUAAAUAUUGCAGUAUUAUCUUUCCAUAUUUAGGUUUCCUAGGAUCAAUAUUUUUAAAUGUGACCCAAGUAGAUAAGUAGCUAUGUAAAAUUUUCACUGUUCUUUUAAAGUGCUGUAAUAUUUUAGAAAAAGCGAAGUUUAUAUCAGUUUUCAAAUACAAAGCCUCAAAUUGAGCAUUUUAAUCAAUAUUUGCAUCCCAUGCCUUCCUAGUUAUAGACAGUAAGAUGUAACAAUCUAAGUUAAAAAGCUUGAUUAAUGAGCACUCAUUUUAUACCUGCCAAUGCAGCUUUAAUUAAACUUAGCAGCUUACUAUGUCAGCCCAAUCCCAAAAUUGUUCUAUCUUGCAGAAAAUUGGAAUUUCUACUCAAGAUUAUAAAUUUUGUUUUCUGGAGGUAAGUUUGGGAUUCACACAUGGAAUGCCACAAAGAUUUGCAUAGAACAGUGAGCAAAACAGCAUUAUGCAAGAUUUGUAGCUUAUCUUGCCCUAUAUGCAUUUUCUAGAUGCAGAAUUUGAUCGAUUGCUGAUUUCACAUUGCAGGUGAUACCUAUUCAAAUCAAAUACCCAUUGCUGCACAGCUGUUUGUGUCAUUUAU